AAGACGUCACAGGCGGGCUGGCUGGCUGCUAUCUGGCGGUGUGGUGUGUGCGGUCGGACUGUGGUUGUGUUUCAGCUCUCACCGUGUUGAUAACGACACACUUCGGGUGCUUUUCCUCGCGCUAGACAUGGGAAUUCAGCAGCCAUGGCUCUAAGACUAAAGGCCCUAACGCUGCUGGCCCUGCUCGGGCUGGCGGCCGUCGGUGACGCUGUACGUUGUAACUGCACAAACUGUGAUGGUGGAGAGUGUGAGACAGAUGGCGCCUGCGCCGUUUCAACGUUCAAAGAUAAGAUGGGGGUGGAAGGGCCCAUGCGGCACUGCAUCAACUCUGACCGAAUGGCUCCCCCCAUCUACUGUAAGAGUGCGGAAGGUCACCUCAACGUUCUCUGCUGCUAUGAAGAUUACUGCAACAGUGUUGACCUGAAAGCUCCAGCAACGACAAAGCCUGCGGACUGGUCGGCCUCGGGGAACUCCUGGGGGCCAGUGGAGCUGGUUGCUGUCAUAGCGGGGCCCGUGUUCCUCCUCUGUGUGCUGCUGAUGGUUGGGGUGUUCCUCUUCCAGUAUCAUCAGAGAGCCUACAGCCACAGACAGAGGCUGGAAGUGGAGGACCCCUCCUGUGACCACCUGUACUUGGCCAAGGACAAAACGCUGCAAGAUCUCAUCUAUGAUAUGUCCACCUCAGGAUCCGGUUCCGGGCUGCCCCUGUUUGUGCAGCGGACAGUGGCCAGAACUAUCGUGCUGCAGGAAAUAAUAGGAAAAGGGCGUUUUGGAGAGGUGUGGAGGGGGAAGUGGAGAGGAGGAGAUGUUGCAGUGAAGAUCUUCUCUUCCAGAGAGGAGCGCUCCUGGUUCAGAGAGGCUGAAAUCUACCAGACAAUCAUGCUUCGGCACGAAAACAUCCUGGGAUUCAUUGCAGCAGACAAUAAAGACAACGGCACAUGGACACAGCUGUGGCUGGUGUCGGACUAUCACGAGCAUGGCUCUCUUUUUGACUACUUGAACCGUUACUCUGUCACCAUCGAGGGCAUGAUCAAGCUGGCCCUUUCAGCUGCAAGCGGCCUGGCACACCUUCACAUGGAGAUCCUCGGCACUCAGGGUAAGCCAGGCAUUGCUCACCGGGACCUCAAGUCUAAAAAUAUCCUUGUUAAGAAGAACGGCACUUGUGCUAUAGCUGACCUCGGGCUGGCAGUUCGCCACGAGUCCAUCACAGACACAAUCGAUAUAGCACCGAACCAGCGCGUGGGCACUAAGAGGUAUAUGGCUCCAGAGGUCUUGGAUGAAACCAUCAACAUGAAACAUUUUGAUUCCUUUAAGUGUGCUGACAUUUAUGCGCUGGGCCUAGUGUACUGGGAGAUCGCACGCCGCUGCAACACAGGAGGUAUACAUGAGGACUACCAGCUACCCUACUAUGACCUGGUGCCCUCCGACCCGUCCAUAGAGGAGAUGAGGAAGGUGGUUUGUGACCAGAAACUGAGGCCCAACGUUCCCAACUGGUGGCAGAGCUACGAGUCGCUGCGUGUGAUGGGGAAGAUCAUGCGGGAGUGCUGGUACGCCAACGGAGCGGCCCGACUGACAGCUCUGCGCAUAAAGAAGACUCUGUCUCAGCUCAGUGUGGAGGAGGACGUCAAGAUGUGAGCGAGGAAUAAACGAGGCGCUAGAGACGCACAACCUGACCACACUCCCAUAGGAAACAAACACUACAGACAGACUGCAAAUGGAGAAAAAACAAGAAAACAACCCUGCCAGUUUUAAUGCCACACUCCUAAGUUGUGACAAGGCCUACCUCACCUUUUUAGCCAGAACUACUGAAAGUCGCCCGUCCCUCUCCUUUCCCCACUCGUGUGUCUCUUCCCUGCUCCCCUCGACCUUCUAACCCACAGGCCACACUACAACACUAUCACUGUUAAUAACAUCCACUCAUCCUCCUUUCAUUUACCCUGGCAGGAAUCACUGUACAGUGACUUUUUUUUGUUUGUUUUAUUUUUAUUUUUUACCUCUGAUCGGUUCAGCAGUCGACUGAAAGUUUUCCCAGAGGGGUUUCUGUUGUGGGUUUUUCAGAAAUAACACUUUGGUUGUUUUGCAAUAUCUUACCGUCGUCGUGUGAGGGAGAGAACAGGGGCUGAAGUACUGUUUCUAUUUAUGCAUUUGUGUGUAAAAUAUGACUGGACUGCAAGCAUGUGUCUAAGGCGGUGUCUUCUAAAAUACAACUUGGUUAAAAAAAAAUCUGUCCUUUUGAAAUUAAGCAUGAACAGCAUCAAAAUUUCUUCAUUUAACCCACUUGAAUAUGGUGAAAAAACAAAAUUACAGAUGAAUCCAGGUGUUUGCAUCUACUGUAUGAAAAGACAGUUUGUUUUUUUUAAUUCCAACUAAACUUUUUCCGUUUAAGGUUAGUUAACAUUAUUGAAAGUGUUUUAACUGGAAUAAUGAGGCAUUAGUUGAUGAUAAUGAUACGUUCCCCCAAGUUACAUGGAUGGAGUUUAAGACGCACCUUAAAAGCUCUGCUUCCUUGUGUGACAUCAUGAAACAACUAAGAGAAAUCAUGAACAGGACUGCUGUUCUCAAAAACUGUGUUUCAUCCUUAGGUAGAAUUUCUAGAUGUCUGAAAGUGGCCCUUUUAUCUGCUCCGACACUAGAAGGAAGCGAUCAGGUAACGGUUCAGGAAGGAGACAGUUCAGUUUCUCAGAAAUUUAAAGUUUAAAAUGUGUAAUUCAACCUCAGAACAAUAAUAAAAUAGCACGUAUAGAUGCUGGUUGAAGAUGAAAGCGUUUAAUUCUGUUCUCUGCUACCUGUACCAUGCUCAGAGGAAGAAGCCAUUGUUUCAGAAUAAAGGAGAAGAGCUACUAGCACUCAGGUACAAAGUCCCUCCUGCAGGGUUUACUGCAGGAGGGGCUGGUGCACUUAACGAAACAAAGUCUUCCAGACAGACAACCACCCUAUUAUACCUCCCAAUUAGAAACAGCCGUGUGUUUAGCAUUAGACAUCAGGAACCCCGUGAUUUCAGUCCCAUUUGUGAGAGAGAGUUUUAGUUCCAAAAGCAGGAAUGAACCAAAGUCUCAGCAACUGAGAAACCUAAAAAAAAACAGAAAUGUUUGAUGGUUAUUUUACCAAAUACUGAAGAAAUGUGUACAUUUCAUUAUUCAGUGUUGCUAAUAAGGUAUGAUUUUGCUAAUGCUAACUAACCUAAAUCAGAAAAACAAGGUUGUGUCUUCACACAGUGGACGUAAAUAUCUAGAUGAAGCUGUAGUUGCACUCCGCUGUAGCUUCCUGACGCCUGCAGGGUUUUCAGGAUGUGGUCCAGUCCUGGAUUUAGUUUGAAAAGAGGCAGGGAUUGUGGUUGGGAGGGUUUUACUGUUUUUAUUUAUUUGUU